UUUCAGUUUCCUUUCCUUUCUUGAGCCCUCAAAGAUAGGAUCUCUCAAGAAUCCUGUCUCCAAACUGUGGCUGUUUUACAACUCUGACAAAACUGGGAAUUCGCUGUUUGAGUCUGAUCUAGCUGUUACAAACAGAUAGAGGAAAAUGCCAGUGACAACGAAACUGACCUGGGAUGAAGAAAGAUGCCUGAAAAACCAACUUGGAAAUGUGUCCUUGAGUCUUCUUUACAAGUCUAGUGUUCAUGGAUAUAGCAUGAGCGAUAUGUUUCAGAGAUGCACUCGUGAAGAACCAACUAUAACGAUGAUUUAUUUUAGUAAUUCUAUUGUUGGUGUUUUAAUGCUUGGGUGUUAUCCUGAGCCACAUGAACAAACCGGAAAGCCACAUUCUUUCAUCUGGUUUACAUUGCGAGGACAAGAAAACAUAAUUGAAAUGCCAACUUUACUUUUAAAUACAGUACUAAAAAUUACUCCUGAAGAAAUGAGUUUUUUUUCACAUGAUGAAGUUAUUUUCUCCGUAAAUUUGAAAAAAAGAAGCAUUUUUCUAAGUUGUGAAUUAAAUUCUAAAUUAAGAUUAAGAUGUUAUGGUAGAAAUAGCUAUUCAGAAUGUGAAGUUUUUCGAGUUGAAGGAAUCAAGGAUAAUCGAGACUACCCAAUGAGGAUAACAGAAGCCACACAGUACAGAAAUAAGCUCCUAUCAGAUCUCAGGGCCUACAAACCUUAUGCAGACUUGGUUUCGGAAAUUCGUAUACUGUUGUUGGGUCCCAUUGGAUCUGGAAAAUCCAGUUUUUUCAAUUCAGUGAAGUCUGUUUUCAGAGGCCAUCCAACUCAGCAAGCCAUUGUGGGGUCUGAUGGUACCACCAGUAUUACUGAACAGUAUAGGAUAUAUUCUAUUAAAGAUGGAGAACAUAGGCAAUAUUUGCCAUUUAUGUUGUGUGACACAAUGGGACUGCAUGAUUCAGAAGGAGGAGGACUAUGUGUGGACGACAUACCCCACAUCUUAAAAGGCUGCGUACCAGACAGAUAUCAAUUUGAUCCCUGCAAACCAAUUACAUCCAAGCAUCCUACCUAUAUCAAAUCUCCAUCACUGAAGGACAGGAUUCACUGUGUGGCUUAUGUCUUAGACAUCAACUCUAUUGACAACCUCUCCUCUACAAUGGUGGCAAAGCUGAAACAAAUUCACAAAGAAGUAUUAAAUUGUGGUAUAGCACAUGUAGUCUUGCUUACAAAAGUGAAUAAUUAUGAUGAAGUUCUUGAGGUCAAUUUUUUAAAUGUGAAUAAAUCUACAACUUCUCAAAAACAGGUAAUGAAUGUCAACAAAAUCCUAGGCAUUCCUAUUUUUAAUAUCUUGAUCAUUGGAAAUCAUACUUCCAAGUGGGAGUCAGACCCGGAGGAAGACAUUCUGGUUCUCUCCGCACUGAGGCAGAUGCUGCGGGUGACAGAUGACUUCUUGGAGGAUUUGCCAGAAGAGGACACCAGUAAUUCGACUCCUUUCUGUUCUGCUCAUCAGUAACCAAUGUCUUUCGAAGCAGCCUAAGCUACGUCUUGGUUGGGUGGCUGGAACCCAUCUUUCUGUAUCAUCCUGACAGCUAUGUUAGGAUAUGUGCUUCAUUUCUAUUGUUGUUUGUUGUCUGAUAAAUUUGCAAAACUUAACUAGUUCUCUAAGUGCUAUUGUUUGCCUUGAUUCUGACACUUGGCCCAAAGCUGGACUGGCAUGUGUUGUUGCUAUGGCUUGGGAAAGCAAUGGAGAAUGGCCCAGGUCCUCGGUCCCCUGCACCUGCAUGGGAGACCGAGAGGAGGCACCUGGAUCCUGGCUUCAGAUGGGCGCAGCUACGGCCGUUGCAGCCAUCUGUGGAGUGAACCAGCGGAGGGAGGACCUUCUCUCUAUUUCUACCUCUCACUGUCUGUAACUCUACCUCUCAAAUAAAUAAACAAAAUCUUUUUUAAAAACAAGAAUCCAUCUGUUUAGAAUCCUCAUUCAGAAUCUACUAUUGUUCAUCUUCUGCCUCCUUGACAGCCUCUAACUGAUGGGGCCUUCUAUGGCUAAUCAUUCCUUAAGCUCCAAAGGCAACCCUUCGAAUAUGCUCUGCCACAGCCCGCCCUAUAUACACUGCACUCCUUACCAUUUAGUUUCUGUGACAUGUUUCUAAACUUCCUCAUGCAAAUUAACUAUCACUUUACUUUCUCUUCUAUAUAGCAAUGUAUGUAAGGACUAACCAGAUUAAAUAAUGAUUAUGUAAUGAUGAUAUAGCAUCUACUUUCCUAAAUAGAUUAUAAAUUCUUUGAGACAAAGGAUUUAGAUUCUACUCAUCUUUGUAAUAACAGAAAUUAGCGCACUGCCUGCUAAAGAGUACACACAUAUGCCAUUAUUCUUCUCUCCCGCUCUCUUUGGAAUGGCAACAGUGACUAUGUUUUUCUCCAUGUGAAAGGGAGUGGAUGAAAUACUGAGCUGAGGAAACAGAAGUAAAUAAGAGAGAGUGUUUUACUUACCUUUGGAAGUAAAUAUAAAUGAUUUUAAGUGAGAAGGAUAUUUCUUAACAACUUGACAUUGUAUUUCCAUAAAAAAAAAUAAAGUUUCUCUAAUAAUCCCAUGCCUGCUUU